AUGCUUUCCAGGAUAGUGGAGAUGCUGCAAAGUGGCACUAUCUGCUUGGAGAAGAAGCUUGACUUUGAAAAGGAGGUCAGCCAUCAACUCACUGUGGCAGCCAUUGAUCAGAAUGGUGCAACCGGUACGUGUCUGGUCAGCAUUCGGGUACUCGAUGCCAACGAUAACUUUCCCAUCUUCUUUCCCACUGAGUACAACAUCACUGUGCGAGAGAACUACAAGCCUAAUGGACCUUUGGUGGUGCUUUCAGCAACGGACGACGAUGAAGCAAGUUUUGGAGAA